GCGGCUGCGGGACGCGGCUCAGCAGGCCGCCCUGCAGCGGGGCCCCGGCGCCGAGCCCCCGCGCCCGCCGCGCCUGCUGCCGCCCCAGGUGAGGCGCCGGGAGGGGCGUGGGGAAACUGAGGCCGGGGGACCAGGCCUCGCGGCGGGCAGGCCGGGGCCCGCGCCCCGCUUCACUUCAUCGGCCUUACAGCUACCGGGCCGGAGAGGCCGGUCUUCGCCCGCGUUAAAACUCAGUGUCUCGCACUAAGCUCCGUAGGGACGGCAGACCUGCCCCACCUGCCACCGCCCCGGCGAUGUCAACCCCUCCCUCCAGCACCCCUCGCUCUACGAGCCUUUGCCCACGCUGGGCUCUCUGCCUGGACGCCCUCACGCCUUCUCUGCUUUCACGGGCUCCUCCGUGCCGCCCAGCCCCUUCAGGCCCCUGCCCAUUCGUCCCGCACUUACUGGGCACUGACUGGACGUGCAACCUUGAACACAAUCAAUGGGAGUGACAAGGGGGCCGCUUUGGACUGAGCACUCCUUAGGCUUGACACUGGAACUGAGACCUGAGUGCAUUAAAAGGAAACACAGUCGUUUUCAGGUGGGAAGUGCUGCAGAUGCCACCACCGCCUGGACUUGGGACAGAAUUGCGUACAUUGUAGCAUUUGAUGCAGGACUUCCCACACUCUUGCGUGUAGUGCCUGGAUUUGUAACCCCAGUGCCCAGCACAGUGCCUGCCAUACACUUAAUGAAUGAAAUACACAUAAACAACCUGUAUACUACCAAACCUGCUUUCUCAGUGGCCUUAGCUACCGGGGAAGUUGGAAUUGGACCAGGGUCUUUCACAUCUGUAAGACCACAUCCCCUUUCAGCACCGGAUUUGUAAAUGACAGAUGCUUUUCACCCCAAAGCUGCCGAGGGGCGCUUUCACUAGAAGAAUUAGGUAGAGAAUAGAAUCAAUAAUCCUCAUUGUUUUUGUGACUGGGUGAUUUUGGCUGCUUAGAGUUUUACCCAGUGGGUCAUCAAGAGUGGAGCGGUGUCUUGCUAAAGUUAGAAGGCAAGUGUGAUUCUGCCCAAACUACUUCCUAGAAGUGUGACCUUGGGUAACUCAACCUCUUUGGGCUUUGAUUUCCUUGUUUGCAGGAGGUAUGGCUCAUUGGAUGAGCUUUCUGGCUCAUAAUCGCCUCCCAGAUAAGUCGGGCAGGCAGGUCUGUGGAGUCAGAAGGGUGACAGUGGCUGACGCUUGCCGAGCCUCUGCGGGCCCGGCACUGUGCUGGGUGCUUAGUUCUCAGCAGUGACACAAAAGAGUGUGUACCAGAAUUUUACGACGAGGGACAAGCUCAGAGAGGUUGAGUGACUCUGCCCAGGGUCCCCCAGAUGUGGCUGCACUCCAGGGCCCGUUGAAUGUGGCCACAGCUUUUUGGGUUGGGUGUGGCAACUUAGGAAAAAGUCUAAAAAUGACAUUUUUCCAUCAAAUGAAAGCCAACUCUGAUUGAGUUAGGUGGCAUGAUCACAUUCUACAGCUAAUCUUAUUGGAAUGAUGUCAGUUUUACCUGCCUUCAUGGUAAUGUAAUUGUGCAGCCUAUUCAGCUGAUACUCUGAGCCCCAGCUGUGCGGUGGAGGCCACAGGGGCAAACCAGUUGUGGACCUUGCCCCUUAAGGAGAUUAUAAUCCAACCAAGGAGGUAAAACGGGACUCAGAUAACUUCUAAUCCAGGUCAGAAAGCUAGAGACAGGUAAAGAACUAAAUGCAUUUUAGAGAAAGGGAGAGGUUGUUUCUGGCUGAGGGAAUCAGAAGCAACUUUGUGGAAGAGGUGGCAUCUAAACUAGUGGAUGGGAGCUGAAAAUACGGAAGAGGGAGGAGAGGCAGUUUUGAGGUGGGGGUGUGCAUUUAGAGGGUCUGUGGUGUCCUGGGGGUGGUGCAGAUCAGAAGGCACAGACCAUGUGGACACUCUCCCACAGGUCAGAUGUUGGCUCUGUCCCUCCCCAUCCUGUUCCUGCCCCACAGAAACUUCUAGCUUCCUCUGACACACUGCCUUUUUUCAUGCGUCCAUGAGCUCACCCGUGUUUUUCCUUACACCUAGAAUACCUUUUCCACCCGCAAAAAUUCAUCUCACCCCCUAGGCACCCCGCAGAGCUCCCCUCUUCUGGGAAGCCUACCAUCCCUGGGCUGUUCCUGCCUCCUGCUUCUCACCACACACAUUGCACUGUGGUGUGACUGUUUCCUGCCUGCAUCCCUUAGGGAGCCUAGUCUGCCUGCAGAGUCAUCAGCAGAGCUUUUAAAAGUACAGAUUUUGGGGCAGGGGACCCUGAUUCAGGAGGUGUGCCGGUGACUGGGGCAUGGCAGGGGGACCUGCCCACCUCAAGGGCGAGGUGAGGGCAUGGUUUAUGUUUAUGUACUGGUACCGGAGACAUGCUGAAUGAGAUGAACAUGUAACCAAGUAUCAAGUCUAAUACAUGGCAAACUAGUCUCAGUAGCAGUUAAAAACUUGCACCAGUUUUGCCACUGUGGUAAUCCUAAAACAAUGGGGUUUGGGGGGUGGGGGGCGUGUGUGUGUGUGUGUGUGUGUGUGUGUGUGUGUGUGUGUUUCAUGUCAUUAUCAGGUAGUGUCCCAAGAGCUUAGAGAAACAUUCUAUAAUAAGUAAUGUAGUAAAAUGAAACAAAUGUGAUUAUUAGAGAUAUGCAAAAUGAAUCUAGUCAUUUGAUUCACAGUAGUCCAGGAAUGGGGACUCCGGGGAUGCUGGCACCAGCUCUGUGCACGUCUUCAUAAACCAGUCUAUUCAAUUGUCUCUGCUGGUUGCAGUAGGCAUGUAACAUGCACACAGAGAGAGGUACUCCACCUUGAUUUCAGUGAGGGUGUUCAUUCUGCUCUGACAUUUUUAUUGAAAAAACUGGGGGCGACUUUGUCCUGCAGGGGGCAUUUAGUGAUGUCUGGAGACAUUUUUGAUUGUCACACCAUAGGGGUGCUACUGGCAUCUUCUGGGUAGAGGCAGAGAUGCAGCUCAACACCCUACAGCUCACAGGAUGGCCAUCCCAACAAAGGAUGCUGGUCCGAGAUGUCACUCAUGCCAGGGUUGACAAAGUCUGAUCUGGACGAUGUCUGUCCCUCUUCUCUCCCUGGAGAAAGAUGCUCAUCAUUUCUGCUCUGUGAAGGCAGGAACCUUGUCAUUGUUGCUGCCCCUCCGCUGAGUCCAUGACAGCUGUAUUCCUGACACUUGUAACAUUGUCUCUGACGCGUGGAACAUUGCUGAUGGCAGCCCUCCCUUUAGUGAUGCUUUGCUGUUACACACAGUGCUGCCUUGAAUCUCCUAGACAUGCAUCUUUGUGCCUAUGCCAGUGUGUCUUCUGGAAUCUAAGAAGCAGAAUUGCUGGGUCAAAAAGCACAUGCAUUUAAAAUUCUGUCAGAUGUUAAAAACCAGUGGUAGGUAUGUGCCCUGGAGAAACUUGCAAUGUAUACACGCACAUCCGUGAAGGUUCAGAGCAGACCGUAAGAGCGCAGGGUUGGAGGCCACCUCUCCAUCAGCGGGAGAAUGUUCUCCUACUGCAGAGAAAAUGAAUCCCUGAGAACUACGUGCUCGAUAUCGGUUAAUUUCACAAGGAAGAGAGGGAGUAAAACAAAACAAAACAAAAAACCAACAACCGGAAAAAGCCCCACCAAGUUGCCAGAGCAACUGGAAGCCAUUUAUGUCAAGGUAACACCUGGAGAAACAAAAGGUCAGGAAAGGCCGAUGCCCCCGCUAGCUGCCGUUCAGCCCACAACAGCCAGGCUGAGCCAGCCGCCUGGGAGAUGCACCAGCGUGUUGGGGCUCAGUGUCGCUAGGCCUCAGCUGCUCAGGGCACAGCCGCUCCUGAGCGCCAAGCCACAGCCGCAUUUCCUGAGCCGCCGCUCACCUCAGACUUGCGUUCCAGUGUUUGUCCACAGGCCGCUGCCUGCCCUCCGGCCAGUCCCUGCAAAGAGAGUCGCCGCCCCCCAGGCUGCGAAUGGACAGGGUGCCAUGUUGGCCCCUUUGUCAGCCUCUGACCCGCCGGCACUGACAUCUGUUUCAUCCAGUUCAGCAAAUUUACUGAUUUCCAACUUGCAUACAAACCACACUGAAAAACUGAAAAAAUCUUUAAAAGUGAAAACGCGUUCUGGGCGGAUAUCUCGACCUCCCAAGUAUAAGGCUAAAGAUUAUAAAUUCAUAAAAACGGAGGAUUUGGCCGACGGUCACCCGUCAGAUUCCGACGAUUAUUCAGAACUGAGCGUGGAAGAAGAUGAAGAACAGAAGGAAAAGCAGGUGCUCUUCGACUUAUCGAGCUGCUCGCUGAGGCCCAAAACCUUCAAGUGUCAGACAUGUGAGAAGUCGUACAUAGGAAAGGGGGGGCUGGCCCGGCACUUAAGACUGAAUCCAGGCCACGGCCAGCUGGACCCUGAGAUGCUGCUGUCUGAGAAAGCCAAUGGGAGUAUGAUCCGGGGCUGUGCUGAUGGCAGGACCCUCAGCCUGACGUCCCCACGGCUUUCCACACCAGCUCUUGAUGGGCAGCCUGUAGAAGAUGAAGAGGCAUUGGCAUCUGAACCAGCAGAUGGAGGUUCUUCAGCCCUUUUGGGACCAGAGAGACGUCCAGGACCUAGAAGUGGCUGCCCCGCGGCCCCUGCACAGCUGGGCGCGGCCGGCCUAGAGGAGAGCAGAGCUGCUGACCUGCACAGGGGUACGGGGGCCGCAGGCGCGAGCACAGCGAGGACCAGAGCCAGGCUCCAGGAGUGUCUCCACCAGUGUGACCGGGAGGAGCUCGUGGAAUUGGCUCUGCCUCAGCUGGCUCAGGUUGUGACCGUGUAUGAGUUUCUUCUGACAAAGGUUGAAAAAGGUCAUCUAGCAAAGCCUUUUUUCCCAGCCGUGUACAAGGAAUUUGAAGAGUUGCAUAAAAUGGUUAAGAAAAUGUGCCAAGAUUACCUCCGUAGUUCUGGCCCGUGUUCUCAGGAGGCCCUGGAAAUAAACAGUAAUGAGGUCGCUGAGUCACUAGGAAUCACAGGAGAAUUCCUGAGGAGAAAAGGUCGCAGUCUGCCCGCGUGCCCCAGCCGAGAGGUGGGCAGGGAGGAGGAAGAGGCAGCCCGCUGGCAGAAGAGGGAGAAGGAGGCCGCAGAGGAGGAGCUGGUCUCUGCGAAAAGGACCCGAAGGGCAUCUCUGCCCAAGGACACCAUGGAGUCUUCUGCCAAGAGCGGAGGCCCAGGGAGGGCGGCCGUGUGUGCCCCAACGGCCAGUGAGGGUUUAGACCCCCGAGUAAAUGGGGACGCCUCCCACCGUCCUGAGGAAGGCCACACGAUGCCCGCUUCGGGGAGCCACACAAGCAUAUCACAGGCCGGCCAGCAGCUUAAAGCACUUGCUGACCUAGCAGCGGGGGGCAGGGCUGCAGACCCUGCUCCCCACUAUCAGGCUGUCAGUGGGCCGGGUCCUCAUACUCAGUUGGGAGGGCCUGGGUUGCUGACCCAGGGGCAGGGGGCAGCGUUCCCCGUACAGAAUGCUCAGGGAAACGCUUCAGACUUGAACGCUGGGGACAGCCCGAGGAGCCCGGGUCUCGGCAGCAGCUUGAUGCCCGCGGGAGGAGUGGCGGCGGCCUUGCGGCCUGGCAGGUCUGGAAACGCCGAGGCUGGAAAGCUCCACGAGAUGCCAGAGUACCAGCUGGGAGGCUGGCAGCCCAGCCCUGGUGAGGCCCUGCUUAUGGAGGUCGCAGCCCCUCCGCUGGAGAAAGUCCUGCCCAUGGGUGUUGUGCCAGCGGACUGUGCCGAUAGCACCGGGUCUGAGCCAGGGCCUCAGCUCGGCCGGGACGGAGCCCUGUCUGCUGAACAGAGCCUCAGCAGCCAUGUGGGGGACUUGGACCAACUUUCCUGCGGACCCGGGUCGCACACCGACCCAAGAGGACUGGAGGGCAUCGUUGCUGUUGGUGAAGCCAUGGCUUUUGAAAUUACCAAUGGGUGCCACGAGUUGUUGUCCCAAGGACAGGAGCAGAUAUUUAUUCAGACUUCUGACGGGCUGAUCUUGUCCCAUCCGGGUUCCAUAGUGUCUGGGGAGGACAUUGUCACACUGACCGAUGCAGCAGGGCCUGCCCUGCACACGGACCCACUGGAAGGGCCCCUCUAGGAACCGUGGAGGCAGAGCCCUCACUGUAAAACAGACUCAGAGCCGCAGCCCUGGAUUUGUACGUAUUUUAUCCAAAAAAGGUCUAAUUCAAGUCCUGUAUGUGUAUUUUUCUAAUGUGAACACUGACACAAAUAAACAUCUUAUUUAUACAGAAUAAUGUUUUUCUA